AUGGCCACGCUCGAGAGGCCGCGGUAUUCGGCGACAAACGAUGGCAGCAACUCCACCAGUCCUCUCCAAGCUUCGUUCGACCCGUUCGCUGUACCACGAGCGCCGAUCGCGGCCGACCUGGACCGCGAAGGCGCGCUGCGUUUCCCCACCGCAUCGAGCGCCGACCGGUCACUUCUGCCCAUGCACGGCCAUGACGAGCUUGAUCUCAUCGAAUUAGGGCAGGAACGACUUUUUUCUGGUGCUCGGACGGCGACUGCCACAACCAGCUUAGCUUUACCACCCCCACUGCCGCCGAAGGCGAUCGGCCGUGGCGCACCGUUGCUGGGAACGCCUAUCGCGGUGUCAGAGGUGAGUAAUUGUAGCGGCUCUCGCGCAGCAAAUGCCCUCACACUUAUGUAAUUUACACGCAUAUGAACACGAUCCUUCCUGCAGGAGUCUUUUGGUCAACUCAGCGCCGCCAAGCUCGCGUUCCUGUCGGCACUGCAGGGCUUGCUCCAACCGCUUCUCCGUCCUCGCUCUGACGGGCUAACAACACCACAAGCGACGCAGCCGAUGGACUCGAUCCCCAUCGCAUCUACGUCAAGAGCAAACGCGCCUACCGAUGUUUUCAUCUUGUUAGCGCAAGACGCGACCGGACCGGGUUCGGGACUUUCCCCCCCUCAAGCCCUCACAGUGCCGGCCGCUCAGGCCGAAGACGAGCUGCUCGCCCACCUCAUCAACGGCCUGAGGGUCCAGGCGAUCGUACGUUCUCGGGAGGAUGCCAACGUCGACGGUCAGAGUCAUAUUCUUUCCUCGACGGGCUCUUGUCUUCCCGAGACCGAGACCACGUCAACGCCCGUGAACCGUCUCGCCCGGGCCACUGAGUUACAGGCCUGGAUCGAUCGGCUCGCGCCAGCGCUUUCACCGACCGAUGCCCAACUCGCUCACAACCUGGGCGCCCUGAUUGUCAGCAUCGAACGACUCGUUCACGUUGGCCACACCUUCGUUGCCCCAGUACCCCUACCUACCCAGCCCGCGCCCGGGCCAGCUUCCGCAUCGGUGUCGUUGACGACGGACCGGGGAGCAGAGCUGUCGGCCUCGAGCGUCUACUCGGCGAACGUGUACCAGCGACUUGAACGCGAAGCCAAGGCGUUGCAGCAGAGCAAGAACGAGGGUUCGCCGCACGAUGCUGCACACGCACUUUCGUCGGUCUUUGGAGCGGCAAGGGAGGUUGAGCGAGCCGAGCGGGACCUGCUGUGGGGUCGCAUCGACGAUCUAUCCGAGCGGGUGCGAGCAUUGUGUCGGGAAAGGGACGAAGCCGACGCAAUAUUUGCAGAGGAUCAAAGUUUCAUCUCGUGCGCCCGGGAGGGCCAAUUUGCGCACAUAAACGCUUAUUCGUCACUACGGUCCUCGACCAUGUUUGCCCUCUCGGUCGCGGGCGUCACCGGCGAUCUCCCUUCGUACUCGCACGACCCGAGUCUCGUAGAGCUCGAGCAUCCCCAAUUGCCACCGUCCUACUUUGCUGAUCACGUCGUCGACUGCAAGGUCGAGCGCAACAGCGAAGGCGAAGCCGCGCCGCUGACGCAUCAAGCUUCGCACCGCAGCAACGAAAAAAUGCAACGCGACCUCGAUUCGGUCUCGCACGCGAUCGAGCGCCUCUACGCCGUCUCGCCGCAACUCGCCAAUCAACGCGUCGAGCCCGACAGGCGAGCCCUCCGGGAGCGGCAGCUCGCCAAACUGGGCAAUGCGAUCGAGCGUUUGUCCAAAGGCCGUCUGGACGACCAGCGCGCCGUGUCCAUCCCCUCGGCGGACGAGGAUCCCGGCGAAAAGGCCGCACGGAAUCAGAGGAUACAAGCAGUGAUGCUCGAUAAGCUCAUCGAUCAAAUCAAUAGGGCGGCCUCCCGCACGCUAACCGACCAACGGGUCGACGUCAACGGUGGCGAGCAGCGAGAAGUCGUCAAACCUUCUUCGCCCUUUGUCCCGUCGGAUCUGAACGAGGCUGCACGAAGGGAAUCCAUCCUCCAGCACACUGGUAAAGGUCGACUUGCGUCGCAGGAUGCGGUACUCCCGUCGCACUAUCCGGUCGAGAUUUUCCCCGGUCCUCCGCCCACCGGCAGUCUCUCCCCAGCCGACUAUUCCCUUGACGGCUCGCCCCCCGUCGACGGAGGUUCGCUGAAAAAGCGGUUCUCGACUCUGCGCUUGGGCAUGUUCAAGCGCCCUGGCUCCCCUUCGGCAUCCCGACGGCCGUCCUACGAUUCUCGGAUAAACUCUCCCUCGGAGGCGACGCCGUCGUCGCCCAUGUCGAGGCGAGGCGAGGCGGUCCGAGGCGGUCGGCGAGCGUCCGUCGAGUCCACAGGGCUGGGCGUGCUGGGCCUGGGGAACGCACUGAGGCGCCCCGUAGGCCCCUUUGACGCCCCUGCCCCUCCGGUCAUCGACUAUCUUGUCGAGGAAGCCCGCAACCUGGGGUCGCUCGUCGUGUCGUUCUGGCCGCGCUCGCCUGGCUCGGCGCGGCAGGAAUGGGAGGUCAAGUCCCUGGAGGGCGAAAGCAUCCUCGUCGGGCCGACGAUCGGUGGAGAGCCAUCCCGGAUCGUACUGCCCUCGCGCGUUGCGACCCAAGUCGCGCCCGUCACGCCUCGUGGUUCUUACUUUGAAGUCAAGCUUGCGGCGUUUGAGCCGUCUCCGACUCGGUCCCGACCUGACCUCGAGAUCCAUACGCCGCUGUCGACGGCCGAGCUGCGCGAAUCGCUUCCCCGCUCCUUCGCGUGCUCGACCUGCCACUCGGAAGUCGUCGACGCCUCGGCCAUCACGAAGUACAAUGCGCUGCCGAGCGAGCACUGGGCCGAGUUGCUCGACGCUUGGAUGUGCCACCAAGACCAGACCCUCUCGGACGAUCUGAUCGCCAAGGGCAAAGGUAUCCAACCCCGUGCAGGCGAAGGGUUGGUCGGGUCGAGUUAUCUCUUGUUCGACCGAGCGCUCGCGAAAAAUUGGCACCGGAUGCCAUUUGCUGACGAGGUGAGUCCGGCUUUAUCACAUUGACGGGCGUACACUGUGGCUCGCCAUAUGCCCUUUAUCGUUUUCUCGUCUUCCUCUCUUUCCAUUCACAUCGGACGUAAAAGAAAGUCCGCCUCCUUUGCCCUUUGAUGACGCUUUUCGCAUUCCUGUCUGCUGAGGCCCUUCUUGGGGGGAACUGCGGAAGGUGGCGAGCGUUGAUGUCCCGGGCUGAUUAUCUCUAGGGAGGGCGGACUGAUACACUCUGUCCCAAAUCGACUGUUACAAGCGACCUCUGAACAAACCUGCCUGCCUCAGCUCUCUGCACGGAAGGCUACACUUGAGGUCACACUUGCCGAGCCCUAGCCCAUCACUCGGUCCCGCCCCGAACGAUCCGAGCUGACGCCCAGCCCGUUGUCUCUCUGCGUAUAUUCCCAGCUCGAACGGACGGAGAACGGAGACCCGUUGUAUCCUGCGCAGUGCGACUCGUGUUCGUCCAUGAUCGGCUUCGAGGUCUCGCCCGCACAAGCUUCGGACACCUCGACAAAAUGUUUCCGCUUACUCAAAUUCGCUACGUACCCGCUCUCACUCAGGAUUCCCGGCUCGCCACUCAAGGACGCGCGUCGUUACAGUCUGGCGAGCCAAAUCACCGCCGAGCUGCUCGAAUUGGGGCAGGCGCACGCUUGCCAUCGAUUCAUCGUCGAGGAUCGUGAGCACGAUAAGGCCCGACUAUUGGUGAGUCCAGUCGAACCCUUUGCUCGCGCUGGCUAUACCCGUACUAUAGUUCAAUUUUGUCUCCGGAUGUGUUUCCCUUGUCCAGCUCUGGCUCUUCAAUCCUUCGGUCAGGUUGUCCUUUUCGGUCAUGACAACACCUGCGGUCGAAGUGCUGGAAGACAGCUCCCCCCAGCCAAGCGGGGCCGUCUCUGGCACCGAGCCGGCCACACGACGCUCGAUGAAUGCCGUCAAGAUAUUCUACAUUGUCGUGGAAAACGAAACAGACGAAAAAUGGUACGCUUGGAAAAAGACCUGGCGUGAUCUUGCCUCAUUGUUUGAACCUGCUGACCUGCGUCGCUCGACACUUCCCCCCCUCCACUGUCUGCACCGCACGCAGUCAAGAAUUUAUUGCAUCGCCAAUGUCGACCUGCGAACGAACACAAUACCCCUCAUCUGUCAUCACUCGACUGACCGACUUGUUGCGCGCUAGUUCGUCCAUCUACCCUUCCGACAAGCGCCACUGGGGUCAACUCGAGGUUGGCUUUCUCGAGCGCCUGUAG